GAGCCGGCGGCUCAGCGGAACAGCAGCCUCUGCCGCCGCAGCGCCGGGUCCUCGGCUAACCCUCCCGGUCCCGCCCUCCCUCCCCCUGCGCCCCUUCCCCCUGCCCGCCUUCCUCCCUCCCUCCGCCUCCUCUGUCCUCCCGUCUCUGGCUGCAGUCCGCGCCCGGCCCGCCAGCCGGGCGGGCAGGAGGGCGGCGUCGUCGGCUCCAUCAUGAGCGUUGAGGGCAGCCAAGGCAGCCACCGGGGUCGCCCGGCUGACAGCCGCGAAGCAGAACCGCCCCCGCCGUCCCCCAAGCCGGGAGAGCUGGCCCCGGGCUCCACCGCUCCGCGCUACCGGCCGCCGCUGCCCGCGCUCCCGGAGCGCACCGCCGGGCCGGGCGAGCCGCCGGGAGAGGUGGCCCCGGGGCGCCAGGGCGCGGAGGAGUCGCCUCCGCCUCCGCCUCCCCUGCAGCCCGCCGGCCACGAGGUGUCAGCGGCUGGCGACUCCGGGGAAGGUCUGGGGCGCUUUUCGGAGGUGGCUGUCCCAGACGCGGUGACAGGGAAAGGCGGCCCCGGGGAGCCAGAGGCCGGCGCGGGCGGGGAGGGCGAGCGGCGGGGCGCGGGAGACCAGCCGGAGACUCGCUCCGUGUGCAGCAGCCGCAGCAGCAGUAGUGGCGGUGGCGACCAGCGCUCUGGACACCAGCACCAGCACCACCAGCCCAUUUGCAAGAUCUGCUUCCAGGGCGCAGAGCAGGGUGAGUUGUUAAAUCCUUGCCGAUGUGACGGGUCGGUUCGGUACACACAUCAGCUGUGUCUGCUAAAGUGGAUCAGUGAAAGGGGCUCCUGGACUUGCGAACUCUGCUGCUAUAGAUACCAUGUCACAGCUAUUAAAAUGAAACAGCCUUGCCAGUGGCAGAGCAUUUCUAUAACACUGGUUGAGAAAGUUCAGAUGAUUGCUGUAAUCCUAGGAUCCCUGUUCUUAAUAGCAAGUGUGACUUGGCUCCUCUGGUCAGCCUUCAGCCCCUAUGCAGUGUGGCAGAGGAAGGACAUCCUUUUUCAAAUCUGCUAUGGAAUGUAUGGUUUUAUGGAUCUAGUAUGCAUAGGUCUCAUUGUUCAUGAAGGAGCUGCAGUUUACAGAGUAUUUAAACGCUGGCGAGCUGUCAAUUUGCACUGGGAUGUUUUAAAUUAUGACAAAGCCACAGACAUCGAGGAAAGUAGCCGAGGAGAGUCUUCCACAAGCAGGACUUUAUGGUUACCACUGUCGGCUCUACGAAACAGAAACUUGGUCCACCCAACGCAACUCACCUCACCACGGUUUCAGUGCGGCUACGUGCUGUUACAUCUAUUCAACCGGAUGAGGGCCCACGAAGAUGUGUCAGAAGAAAACGGCUCCGGGGAGGUUGUGAUGAGAGUGACAUCUGUGUGACAGAUCCAUGGUGUGGACCCCUGCACAUUUUGGAAUGUAAUUGCAAUGAAUGGCAAAACCAUAGCACUUCUCAAAUUACAUCUAUGAACUUUUUAAAACCUAUGCUUUUUAUAUGAACAUUUGAAUUGCAAAUACAUUUUUCUGAAAAAA